CACAACCGCAUCCUGCCACAGCCCCGACCGCUUCCCUGAAGCCCGAGCACAUCCCGGUUCUCAGUUCCCGUUUAACGCCUCGGGCGCUGCCAACGAGGGGUUUUCCCAGCCAGGACCAUCAAAGGGACCGGGCUGGAGCAACCGGUGUGAGCCGGAGCCUAUGGCACCGGGGUCAGACCCCUCGGGGUGGGGGUCACUUGGGCUCACUCACCCCAUGGCUCCAUCCUCCCCGAGCCUCUCGCUGGGUCCUCGUUGCAGGGAGCAGGUUGGAUGCAAACCCCAUGGGCUCACACAUCCCAGCGUGUGUGUCCCGUGUCCCGUGUCCCAGCCAACCGAGGGACAACCACAGCCCUGCCAGGGCUGUAAUUCCCAGGUUUAUAUAUAGAGGAGCCGCAGCCGGGGGCUAUAUAAGGGGCGGCCCCGCUCCGCUGCCGCAGCCGGGCUGGUGCCGCCGGAGAGCCGCGGGGUGCCCCUCACCGUGGCCAUGGACACCUCGUACCCGAGGGAGGACGAGCGCAAGCGGGACCCGUCCCCCCUGCCCCGAGACCACCUGGUCUGGUCCAUCUUCAACACCAUCUACAUGAACCUGUGCUGCCUCGGCUUCGUGGCGCUCGCCUUCUCCGUCAAGGCACGGGACCGGAGGGUGGCCGGGGACGUGGAGGCCGCUCGGCGCCUGAGCUCCAAGGCGCGGUGCUACAACGUGCUGGCCACAGCCUGCAGCCUGCUGCUGCCGCUGGUGCUGGCCGCGCUCGCCAUCACCGGAGUCAUCCACCUGGCCCAGCUCGCCCAGGACUCCGUCGGCUUCUUCACCUACCAGCUCAGCGACGGCGAGGACAAGUGAUGGGGGCAAUGGGCUUAUAGAGACCCCUUUGUGGGGCUGGAGCCCCCCCGGACGGUGCUGGUCCGAGGUGACCCAGCGUCAUGGCCACUGAGCUGGGGGGCUCAGCCCCACUUCGUCCCUACCGCAGCAGUGCCCAGCCCCACGGCGCCCGGCCCCACAGCUCGGUUCCA